AUGGAAUUGGAUGCGCAGGCGUUGCAAGAGGGUGCGGCCAACGCAGAAGUCCUCGAGUAUCUCCACGCUGAAGAGCAGCGGCUGAGUGACGAAACGAGGAGCAAGCGCAACAGCGAGCAGGCUGCAUUCGAGGAGGUGGAAAAACAACGCUCCGAGAUGUUGUCUCUGAAGGCAGAGUGCUCGGCAGCGUCGGUUUCAGUGGAGCAUCCCCCCAACGAGGUGGUCGAGCAUGAGCUCCGCAAUUCUCUUCCUCCCGGGCAUCCGGCUCUGCGGCUGAAGCGCUUCGAUGACCUUCUCGCAGCAUUGGAGCUUGAGAAGGAAGAGAUUCUGGAAGAGCUUCGUGAAGAUUCUGGGCUGUGGCAGGCUCAGCGAGAAGUGGAAGAGCUCUCUGGCCAGCUUCUCCUGCUGGAGGAGGCCACCCGCCGCCGAAUUCAGCAGAGCCAGGCG